UCUAUUUUUAUUUUAUUUUUUUCCCUCUCUAUAAUCCAGGGCUCGCCCCUCGGCUUUCAGAUACAAAAUUGGCCUGGUCCCUCUCUUUUCUGCUACUCUUUCUUCUGCACCACCACCAUCACUGUCCCCUUUCCCCAUGAAACCUUAGACACCUACUCACUCUCUUACGUAGUUAUAGUAUCAGAAUCAAAGCUUCACAUUCAUGGGUAAGUACAUGAACAAGUCUAAAAUCACUGGAGACGUUGCCCUCAUGGACCUCUCUCAAUCCACCACCUUGGGUGUCCGUACUCGAGCUAAAACCCUAGCUCUUCAGCGUCUUCAACCCCCUUCUCCUUCUGCUUCUCCUAACCUUGAUACCUCUUCGUUUUCUUACCUUCAGCUCAGGAGUCGCCGCCUUGAAAAGCCGCAACUGUUACAAGAAGCUAAACGGAACCCAGACUCUAGCUCUGGCAAAAAAUUGAACUCCAAGGGGAGUUCUAGGUUGAGUAAGAGUUCGAUGAAGGUUGUCGGUGAUUGUGACGGUGGAGAAGAAGAGGUGUGUUUUAGUAACAAAGGGGAAGUGUUGGGUUUGAAGUGUGAAGCAGAGGAUUUGGGUCUUGAGGGUUCUUUUGGAGAUAACUAUCUGGACUUUGAACCCAGAGAGAGAAGCACUAGAGAAAGCACACCAUGCAGCUUGAUAAGGGAUUCAAAUACCAUUGGAACCCCAGGUUCCACCACAAGGCAGGGCAGCUCAACUACAACUAACCGAAGAGUUAGGAAUGUCAUACAGAGAAAUAACCCAACAACAGAAGACAUGGAGGAAUUUUUUGCCUGUGCAGAACAGAAGCAGCAGAGACUGUUCAUUGAGAAGUACAACUUUGAUGUUGUAAAUGAUUUGCCCCUUCCUGGACGCUACGAAUGGGUCCAAGUGAUUCCAAAAUAAGCAUCUUAUCACUAGGAUAUCCCUGACUCCUUUGAUUUUAUGCUAAAGGGUUUUGAAGGAGGUAGUAAUAUUGGUUGGUGGGGUAUGUUCUGUCAUCUUUCCAAGCUUAUGUGAAGAGAAUUGGAGACAUGGAAGAUGCAAAAUUAGAAGUUCUGAAUUUGUAACAGUGCUGAUGAAUUACACAUUAGCCAGAUGCCAAAUCAAGAUUAUUUGCUUAAAUUGAGAGGCAAAGGAAUCAUUUAAAAGGAGAAUGGAGAACAACUGAUAAUUUAGGAUUAGAUGUUCACUAUUGUAAUUUUUAGGAGGUAUAUCUAAUUGCUAGAUUUUAUUUUCUUUUUUUUAUUAUUAUUAAAUUAUGAAAUUUUACUUUUGUCCAUACGUAGGGAUGAACUAUGAAUGUUCUUUUUGGAAAUAAAUGUAACUCAUUUCUCAUUACA